CAGAUCAUCAGAGCACUGAUGAUCAGUCAGCGCCACCUGUCAGUGUCCAUCAGUGCCAGCUCUCAGUGCUCAUCCAUGCCACCUGUCAGUGUCCAUCAGUGCCAGCUCUCAGUGCUCAUCCAUGCCACCUGCCAGUGCCCAUCAGUGCCACAUCAGUGCCACAUUUCAGUGCCCAUCAGUGCCACAUCAAUGCCACAUAUCAGUGCCCAUCUGAGCUGCCUUUCAGUGUCACCCAUC